AAUCGUGCUUGUUUAAUGCAGGGAGCUCCACUGUCCAUCCCGGAAAAGUUUUGCUGAUGGUCUCUCGGCCUUUUCCUUUCCUGGGUUUUUUUCUUAUGGUUCUUGUCUUCGUUGUACAAACAAGGGCUCACUGCUAUGUGGCAUCACUGACUCUGAUUCUGACAUGUCGGGCUCCGUCCUCGAUCCACCUCCGACGGGCUUUUUCUGUCGGGAUUUAUGGCGGUUCUCUUGGGAAGCUUUCUCACCAAUUUGGCUAGGGACCUUUGGUUUCCUUGGUUUGGCACUAUCAUCUAAUAAAUCCUUUUCCUUGCUUUUAGAGGACCUCCUUGAUUGCUUCUGUUUAUCUGUUUUUUCUCUUGGCCCCAAUUCUCUUGGACUGCCCAAACUCCGUCUUGAUGAUUUAGGCAAUUCCGGCAUGUCUCGCGCGGGAGAAUUCGGAUCUCUUGCACUUCUUUUGGUUUUUGAAUCUGCAGAACACUACGGCAAAGUCAUGUAGAGGAUGUAGUUUUUUAAUUUCGAUUUAACUGAAUAUUUUUCAGUCCAGCUGAUUAAAAGAACAAAAAAGUGUAAUGCAAUUUGGAUUGUAUUCGGUUAGAUUAUAUUAAUUAUUGAAUAGAGUCCUCCUCCCUAA